GACGUCACAACGCCCUACUGACGCUUAGAGUUACUUACUACGCACCAUGCGAAAACGUCGUGUACACUGCACACAGUGCCUCAGCGCUCAGUCUUGCCAUGACCUUGACCUUGUGGUUCGUGGACUCCCUCAGCACUCGGCGCAUUACUACUUUCCUUCCAGGUCAUCAAAUAUUGUUUCAGUGCUCCAAUUUCUACUCGUUCCUGGCAGUUGCAGUAUCGUCGUCUUCGCCCUGUCCCACUCUUCGUCUUGAUGCUCGUCACGUUCUUGGACUUUCUGGCUCUCGUUCUCGUCGGACUUGUCAUAUUUCGGCAAAAUGAAAUACCAGUCAACGUGGAGGCCUGUCGAGUGGCCUUGCGAAGGUGUCCUCCAGGCCAUCCUCUUCAUUCCACCUGUCUCAGCAACCUUGCCAACAAAUUGCACGACAGAUUUAAGCAAGGGGGGAGCCUGUCUGACCUCGAUAAGGCCAUUGAGCACUAUCGGGCUGCACUAAAGCUCUACCCCCACGGUCAUCCCGAUCGACCCACGUCUCUGGACAACCUUGUCAACAGCCUUCGAGACAGAUUUCAGCAGCGGGGCACCAUGUCUGACCUUAACGAGCUCAUCGAACUCUAUCGGGCUGCACUUAUCCUCUACCCUCCCGGAAAUUCUGAUCGGCCCACAUAUCUGAACAACCUUAUCAACAGCCUUCGAGACAGAUUUCAGCAGCGGGGCGCCAUGUCUGACCUUGAUGAGCUCAUAGAGCUGUAUCGGGCUGCACUGCUCCUCUGUCCCCCCGGUCAUCCUGAUCGACCCACAUCUCUGAACGACCUUGUCACCAGCCUUCGAGACAGAUUUCAGCAGCGGGGCAUCAUGUCUGACCUUGAUGAGCUCAUCGAGUUCUAUCGGGCUGCAUUGAUCCUCUGUCCCCCGGGUCAUUCUGGUCGACUCACGUCUCUGAACAACCUUGUCAACAGCCUUCGAGACAGACUCCAGCAACAGGGCGUCCCAUCUGACCUUGAUGAGCUCAUCGUGCUUCAUCGGGAUGCACUACUCCUCUGCCCCCACGGUCAUCCCGAUCGACCCACGUCUCUGAACAAUCUUGUCAACAGCCUUCGAGACAGACUCCAGCAACGGGGCGUCUCAUCUGACCUUGAUGAGCUUAUCGUGCUUUAUCGGGAUGCACUACUCCUCUGCCCCCCUGGUCAUUGUGAUCGACUCACGUCUCUGAACAACCUUGUCAACAGCCUUCGAGACAGACUCCAGCAACGGGGCGUCCCAUCUGACCUUGAUGAGCUUAUCGUGCUUUAUCGGGAUGCACUACUCCUCUGCCCCCCUGGUCAUUGUGAUCGACCCACGUAUUUGAAUGGGCUUGUCCACAGCCUUCGAGACAGAUUCCAGCAGCGGGGCGUCACGUCUGACCUUGAUGAGCUCAUCGAGCUCUAUCGGGCUGCACUGAUCCUCUGUCCCCCGGGUCAUUCUGAUCGACCCACAUGUCUUAACAACCUUGUCCACAACCUUCGAGACAGAUUCCAGCAGCGGGGUGUUACAUCUGACCUUGAUGAGCUCAUUGAGCUCUAUCAGGCUACACUGCUCCUCUGUCCUCCUGGCCAUCCAGAUCGAUCCGCGUCUCUCAACAACCUCGCCACCAGCCUUCGAGAUAGAUACCAUAAGGGAGGCAUCCUGUCUGAUGUCGAUGAGGCUAUUGAGCUCCAUAGGGAGAUACUGGAGUUCUGUCCCCCUGACCAUUCUGCUCGAUCCACGUCCCUCAACAAUCUUGCCACCAGCCUUCAAGACAGAUACGAUAAGCAAUUUGUCCUAUCUCACGAUAUCGAUGAAGCUAUUGAGCUCCAUCGGGCUGCACUGGAGCUCCGCUCUGCCGGUCAUCCUGAUCGCUCCAUGUCACUUAACAAUCUUGCCACUAGCCUUCGUGCCAGAUUACAGCAUUUCAAGCAGCAGGACAUCAUGUUGGACCUGGAGGAGGCCAUCGAGCUCCAUCGAGCUUCACUACUCCUUCGUCCCCCUGGUAAUCCUGACCGAUUCAUGUCUCUCACCAAUCUCGCUGUCAGCCUUGAAGACAGAUUCGAGCAGCAGAGUGUCCUAUCUGACCUUGACGAGGCCAUUGAGCUCCAUCGUCACGCACUGGCUCUCUGUUCCCCUAGCCAUUCCGACCGAUCUAUGUCUCUCCAUAAUCUUGCCACCAGCCUGCGAGUCAAAUUCCAGCAGCGGGAUGUCCUAUCUGAUCUCGAUGAGGCCAUUGAGCUCCAUCGGGGUGCAUUGGAACUCCGUCCCCCAGGCCAUUCUGCUCGAACCAUAUCUCUCAAUGAUCUUGCCACCUGCCUUCAAGACAGAUACCAUCGGCGAGGCGUCCAGUCUGACCUUGAAGAAGCUAUUGAGCUCCAUUGGGCUGCACUGUAGACUGUCUCCCUGGUCAUUCUGAUUGAUCCAUGUCUCUUAACUGGUAGCCUUGGAGACGGAUUCCAGCAGCGGGCGUCAUGUCGGACCUUUAUUCAUAUCCGUCCUACGCAUCUCAUGUACUAGUCUCUUGUGGAAAUUUCUAUGCGACCAAUCAUGGGCCUUUCUUCCUCUCCAUGCUGCAGCACCUUACGAGUAGAUCAUAUUUGUUCACAUAGGUGUCUAGUUAUAGACUCGAUUGGCCACAUUAUCGUUGCAUUUGCUGUGAUUCCUCGUUCCUAAUUACUGUCCCACUACUCAAACCUCACGUAAUUUCUUCACGGUAUUCUCGUUCUUGCAUUGUCCAUACUGCUGUAUCGUUCUGAGCUCCCGCACUGUUUCAAUAACUCGCUGUGAGAUCGUCAUCACCGCUGCUCACGCCGAGUACCCUGGAUAUUUUUCAAUCUUAUGAUAUCAUACCC